AUUACACCUAACUCUCCCCAAAAAGCAGAACGAUGUCCAAGUUAUCGACAUUAGGUUUCCUUGUCGCUGUUUUGGCGGUGUGUGCCCUGGACCACCUGACCACCUCGGCCUCUGUGGGUCGAGUGAUCAGACAGAUCUCCAACGGCUCUUCCCCCAACGGCACACACAGAUGUAUUCCUGACUUGACGUUCCACUACAACGAGACCACCGGAAGCUGGCAAGCCGUUCUUCCACCUGUACCCGUCAACGGAUCCGAUUCCAACGCCAAUAGUACUGGUUUCUCCCCUAUACCCGUCAAAGUAUCCUCCAAUAGUACUGGUUUCUUCCCUAUACCCGUUAAUGAAUCUGUCAAUAGUACUGGUUCCAACGCCAAUUUGACUAAUUCUCUUCCUCUGGCCCUCAACGGAUCUGCCAACAGCACUAAAUUUGUAGUCAACGGAACCGAUUCCAACGCCCAUGUUACAGACUUCUUCCUUGGUGUCGCCAAUAGAUCCAUCUCCAGCGUCAAUAGUACUGAUUUCGUCCCUCUAUUAGUCAAUGGAUCUGCCAAUAGUACUGAUUCUGACGCCAAUUUUACGAAUCAUGUUCUUCUUGUAGUCAAAGGAUCUGCCAAUAGCACUGGUUUCUUUCCUCAAGCCCUCAAUGGAUCUGCGAAUAGCACGGAUUUCUUUCCUCAAGCCCUCAAUGGAUCUGCCAAUAGCACGGAUUUCUUUCCUCAAGCCAUCAAUGGAUCUGCCAAUAGUACUGGUUCAAACGUAAAUUUUACCAAUUCUGUUCCUGUUGCUCUAAACGGAUCUGCCAAUAGCACUAAUUUCUUCCCUGUUUCAGUCAAUGGAUCUGCAAAUAGUACCGGUUCUAACGCUAAUUUGACUAAUUCUGUUCUUUUUGUAGUCAAUGGAUCUGCCAAUAAUACUAAUUUCUUUCCUCUAGCCCUCAAUGGAUCUGCCAAUAGCACUGAUUUCAUUCCUCAAGCCCUCAAUGGAUCUGCCAAUAGCACUGAUUUCAUUCCUCAAGCCCUCAAUGGAUCCGCCAAUAGCACUGAUUUCUUCAAUCGCACAGUAAAAAGAUCGGAUUCCGGCGCAAAUGUGACUGAUUUCUUCCCAGUUUCUGUCAAUGUAUCCUCCAAUAGCACUGGUUCUAACGCCAAUUUCACUAAUUCUCUUCCUCUAGCUCUCAAUGGAUCUGCCAAUAGUACUGAUUUCUUUCCUCUAGCACCCAAUGGAUCUGCCAAUAGUACUAAUUUCUUUCCUCAAGCCCUCAAUGGAUCUGCCAAUAGUACUAAUUUCUUUCCUCAAACCCUCAAUGGAUCUGCCAAUAGUACUGAUUUCUUUCCUCAAGCCCUCAAUGGAUCUGCCAAUAGUACUGAUUUCUUUCCUCAAGCCCUCAAUGGAUCUGCCAAUAGCACUGAUUUCUUCAAUCGCACAGUAAAAAGAUCUGAUUCUGGCGCAAACGUUACUGAUUUCCUUCCUGUUUCAGUCAAUGGAUCGGCGAACAAUACUGGUUCCAACGUCAAUGUUACCAAUUCUGUUCCUCUAGCCCUCAACGGAUCUAUCAAUAGCACUAAUAUUUUCCCUGUUUCUUUCAAUGUAUCAGCAAAUAGUACUGAUUCCAACGCCAAUUUGACUAAUUCUGUUCUUCUUGUAGUCAAUGGAUCUGUGAAUAGCACUGAUUUCUUCCCUGUUUCAGUCAAUGGAUCUGCCAAUAGUACUGGUUCCUACGUAAAUUUUACCAAUUCUGUUCCUCUAGCCCUCAAUGGAUCUGCCAAUAGUACUGAUUUCUUCCCUGUCUCAGUUAAUGCAUCCACCAAUAGCGCUGAUUUCUUAGUGUUUGCCUUAAAUGGAUCUGAUUCCAACGUUAAUAGUACUAAUUUCUUCCCUGUAAGUAUCAAUGGAUCUGUCAAUAGUACUGAUUUCUUUCCUCAAGCCCUCAAUGGAUCUGCCAAUAGCACUGAUUUCUUCAAUGGCACAGUAAAAAGAUCGGAUUCCGGCGCAAAUGUGACUGAUUUCUUCCCUGUUUCUGUCAAUGUAUCCUCCAAUAGUACUGGUUCUAACGCCAAUUUCACUAAUUCUCUUCCUCUAGCUCUCAAUGGAUCUGCCAAUAGCAUUGAUUUCUUCCCUGUUUCAGUCAAUGGAUCUGCCAAUAGCACUGAUUUCUUCAAUCGUACAGUAAAAAGAUCAGAUUCCGGCUCAAAUGUGACUGAUUUCCUUCCUGUUUCAGUCAAUGGUUCCGCGAACAAUACUGGUUCUAACGCUAAUUUUACCAAUUCUGUUCCUCUAGCCCUCAACGGAUCUGCCAAUAGCACUAAUUUCUUCCCUGUUUCAGUCAAUGGAUCUGCCAAUAGCACUAAUUUCUUCCCUGUUUCAGUCAAUGUAUCUGCAAAUAGCACUGGUUCUAACGCUAAUUUUACCAAUUCUGUUCCUCUAGCCCUCAACGGAUCUGCCAAUAGCACUAAUUUCUUCCCUGUUUCAGUCAAUGGAUCUGCCAAUAGCACUAAUUUCUUCCCUGUUUCAGUCAAUGGAUCUGCCAAUAGCACUAGUUUCUUCCCUGUUUCAGUCAAUGGAUCUGCAAAUAGUACCGGUUCUAACGCUAAUUUGACUGAUUCUGUUCUUCUUGUAGUCAAUGGAUCUGCCAAUAGUACUGAUUUCUUUCCUCAAGCCCUCAAUGGAUCUGCCAAUAGCACUGAUUUCUUCAAUCGCACAGUAAAAAGAUCGGAUUCCGGCGCAAAUGUGACUGAUUUCUUCCCAGUUUCUGUCAAUGUAUCCUCCAAUAGUACUGAUUCCAACGCCAAUUUCACUAAUUCUCUUCCUCUAGCUCUCAAUGGAUCUGCCAAUAGUACUGAUUUCUUUCCUCUAGCCCUCAAUGGAUCUGCCAAUAGUACUAAUUUCUUUCCUCAAGCCCUCAAUGGAUCUGCCAAUAGUACUGAUUUCUUUCCUCAAGCCCUCAAUGGAUCUGCCAAUAGCACUGAUUUCUUCAAUCGCACAGUAAAAAGAUCGGAUUCCGGCGCAAAUGUGACUGAUUUCUUCCCAGUUUCUGUCAAUGUAUCCUCCAAUAGUACUGGUUCUAACGCCAAUUUCACUAAUUCUCUUCCUCUAGCUCUCAAUGGAUCUGCCAAUAGUACUGAUUUCUUUCCUCUAGCCCUCAAUGGAUCUGCCAAUAGUACUAAUUUCUUUCCUCAAGCCCUCAAUGGAUCUGCCAAUAGUACUGAUUUCUUUCCUCAAGCCCUCAAUGGAUCUGCCAAUAGCACUGAUUUCUUCAAUCGCACAGUAAAAAGAUCGGAUUCCGGCGCAAAUGUGACUGAUUUCUUCCCAGUUUCUGUCAAUGUAUCCUCCAAUAUCAAUGGAUCUGCCAAUAGUACUGAUUUCUUUCCUCAAGCCCUCAAUGGAUCUGCCAAUAGCACUGAUUUCUUCAAUCGCACAGUAAAGAGAUCGGAUUCCGGCGCAAAUGUUACUGAUUUCUUCCCUGUUUCAAUCAAUGGAUCUGCGAAUAGUACUGGUUCCAGCGCCAAUUUUACCAAUUCUCUUCCUCUAGCCCUCAAUGGAUCCGCCAAUAGCAUGGAUUUUUUUCCUUUAGCCCUUAAUGGCUCUUCCAAUAGUACUGGUUCCAAUGCCAAUUUGACUAAUUCUGUUCCUCUUGUUGUUAAUGGAUCUGCCAAUAGCACUGGCUUCUUUCCUUCUGCUGUCAAUGGAUCUGCCAAUAGCACGGAUUUCUUCCCUGUAUCCGUCAACGGAUCCGAUUCCAAUACCAACAGAACCGAUUGGAAACCCAGAAUCGUCCAGCCAGUUACCACCGACGCCCCAAUCACGACCAGUCCCCCAGAUCUACCAGACGACAUCUUCCCGUCCAUUUCCGAAGCCGAGGAAGAAGCUCUGUGGAAACUCCUCCUCAGAAACAUUCUUUCCAGAUGGAGAUUGUUCAGAGCCAGAGAAGCGUAA